GUAGCUUUAAUUUCUUGCCUCACUACUCUUUUCAACUAUCAGAAACAUUAAAGUCUAAAUUAAAGUAGCAUUUGAUACAAUAUGAUUAAGACUUUUGUAGCUGCACUAGCUCUGAUAGUGACCUUUCUAGCCUUGCAAACUCCUGUAGCAUCUGCAGCUACAAAAGGAAAGACGAGGGUGACAGUUUUAAGCAUAGAUGGAGGUGGCAUCAGAGGCAUUAUUCCUGGCACUGUUCUUGCUUUCCUUGAAUCUAAACUUCAGGAACUUGAUGGACCCAACGCAAGAGUUGCAGACUAUUUCGAUGUGGUAGCCGGAACAAGUACAGGUGGACUAGUGACCACAAUGCUCACAGCUCCAAACAAGGAUAAUCGCCCUUUAUAUGCAGCAAAUGACAUUACCAGUUUCUUCUUUGAGCACGGCCCUAAAAUCUUUCCUGCGAGCAGCCGCAACAAUGUGAAGAAGAUCUUUAAUAUAUUUGGGGGGCCAAAGUACGAUGGCAGAUACCUGAGAUCACUGGUUAGGUCGAAAUUAGGCAAUCUUACGAUGAAGCAAACGUUAACUCAUACAGUUAUCCCAACUUUUGAUAUCAAGCACCUUCAACCCAUUAUCUUCACAACUUCUGAUGCAAGAACAACUGUGUCUAAGGAUGCUCUACUAUCAGACGUCUGUCUUGGUACCUCUGCAGCACCCACCUAUUUCCCUCCAUAUUAUUUUGAGACCAAGGAUGCCCAAGGGAAAGUACGUACAUUUGAUCUUAUUGAUGGAGGUGUAGCUGCAAAUAAUCCAACUCUGAUGGCAAUUACUCACGUUUCAAGAGAAAUCAAGACGAGAAAAAUGCAGUAUGAGGAUAUGAAAACCGUGGACUACAAUAAAAUGUUGGUUUUGUCACUAGGCACGGGUACAGGCACGAAUAAAGAAAAGUAUAAUGCCCGCUCGGCUUCAAGAUGGGGCGUACUUGGUUGGAUGUACAACAAUGGUGCCACCCCAUUGCUAGAUAUUUACAGUGAUGCAAGUACAGAUGUUGUAGAUAUACAUGUUUCAACCAUGUUUCAGUCCCUUCACAACGAGAAGAACUACCUCAGAAUUCAGAACGAUACUUUGACCGGAGAGGCAGCAUCAACGGAUAUUUCGACCAUAAAAAAUAUGCAGACGCUAGUGCAGGUUGGUAAAGAUCUACUGAAGAAGCCAGUGUCAAGGGUCAACUUGGAGACGGGCCGCUUUGAAGCAGUUCAUGGGGAAGGCACCAAUGAACAAGCUCUUAUUCGAUUUGCUAAGUUGCUUUCAGAGGAAAGGAAGCUCCGACGAUUAGAGGGUGCUUAUUAAAAUUGGUGACCUAAAGCUAAACUUCAUGAAAAGUUAUUAAGUUUAUUUUCAUUUAUAUUAUGUUUCACUUUGAACUUCAGUUCUUUAGCUAUUGGAGAUGCAAAAUACUUCUUGGAUUUUGUUAUCAUCUAAAUCAACUAGUAACUGAGAAUUUGUUCUCUUAAAGAACACU